UUUGCGCGCAAUUUUUAAUUAGCCAUCGUCGCCGUUAAUGGAAAUUGAUUUGGGGCAGGUAGGAAGGUGUAUAUGCGAGCACCAUUUCCGCCCAAUGAAAGUGAAUUUGUGUGUGAAUGCAAAGCAUGCAACUGUGUAAUCUCUAUCAAAUGAUUAAAUGUUUUUGUCAGUGAUUUUUUAAUCCUGUUGAAGAAAAUAAUUUUUAAUUGAUUUUGUGAAUGAAUCCAUGAUUUUAGUGGUUUUUUCGUGGUCUUUUAGUCAAUUUUGUAAAGAGUGAUUUUUGUCAAUUUGUGUUUGAGCAUCAGAAGCAAAUUUGAAAGGAUUUAUUUUACAGCAAGACUCUAGUGGAGACGAGAGCAAAUGGCUCUUGUGUAGAGCAUGCAUUCAUGGUAUAAAGGACCUCAGUUUCAUCAGAAACAUUUUCGUCAUCCGUUAGCUGUUGCAGCUCCGCCACCGAUUAAGCUAGAAUCUGGAUACAAUGAGAAUUAUCUAGCUUUCGAGUGUGCUUCACCUUUUAAGAAACCUUCAAACUUUGGCUGGCCCACCGACAACAACAUCCUUGGUUCAUCUGCUCCAUCCCCAAGUGCUCUAGAAAAUCAGAUUAACUCAGCCUCCCAACAACAUCACAAUAACCAUCAUUCUGUUGUAGUAAUUGGCAAUAACAACAACAACAACAACAACAACAACAACAAUCAAGAACAAUCGCUCUCAUCAAAGACUCACCUUUCGUCAGCUGAAGAAGCAGCAGCAACCCAACCACCACCGCCACCACCACCACAGCCAGCGUCAUCACCUUCAUCUGCACCAUCACAACAACAACUCACAGGAAUUGGUUCGCCCAACAAUCGAAUAACACCCUCUAGCAACAGUAUGCCAAUUGGCGGGGUGCAAGGCCAAAAUCCAGCUCAGGGCCUUGUACAUUGGAUGAGUGCAGUGAUGGCUGAACAUAUGACAGGACAAACGCAUCACGAUCCAACCGCCACAGUCGGAAUGCACUACAUGUGGAAUGGCAAUGUUGACCAAUGCGGUCAACAUGCAAAAGAAAUCGACUACAAUGGUUGGCCAACCUCAAGAAAUCACAUGUCCAUGAAACAAGGAUAUGAGGCUAAAAUGAACGACCACCAUGGGAACCUGCAAAAAGGACAUAUUUUUGAUGACGGACGAUUAGAUCAUCAUACGGGCACUGCGCAAGGCAAUCAAAUGACAAUAUAUGGACCUGGCCCAGUUCGGACAGCUUCGUCAAAUAGCAAUUCACCAGGUGGAGGCGGUGGUGUUGGUGGUGGAGGCGGUGUGAGUGUGGGUGUUGGCAAUCAUGGGCAUCAUACUUCAGCUGCGUCCGCUUUAUUAGUCGUACCGCAACCGAUCAAUGCAACCAAAAUUAGUACGAGUCUUGGCCCGGGCGGAGGUGGUAGCGGGAGGAAGUACCAGUGCAAAAUGUGUCCACAGAUUUUCAGCUCUAAAGCGGACCUUCAACUGCACACGCAAAUACACAUGCGCGAGGCGAAGCCCUAUAAAUGCUCACAAUGUUCAAAGGCUUUUGCAAACUCGUCAUACCUCUCGCAACACACCCGAAUACAUUUGGGCAUCAAACCCUAUCGCUGCGAGAUAUGUCAACGUAAAUUUACUCAACUGUCCCACCUACAGCAACACAUCCGUACUCAUACGGGUGACAAACCGUACAAAUGUCGUCAUCCCGGAUGUCAAAAAGCUUUCUCACAGUUGUCCAACUUACAGUCGCACUCUCGAUGCCAUCAGACUGAUAAGCCCUUCAAAUGUAAUUCAUGCUACAAAUGUUUCACGGAUGAGCCGUCGCUAUUGGAACACAUUCCUAAGCACAAGGAAUCCAAGCACCUAAAGACACACAUAUGCCAGUACUGCGGCAAAAGCUACACCCAGGAAACAUAUCUGACCAAACAUAUGCAGAAGCAUGCUGAACGAACUGAUAAACGGCCGCCUAUUACUGGUGGACCAGGGUCGACAACAUCUGGCUCAAAUGUAACAACACCGGGUGCAGGAGGUAAUAGCGGUGGUGGUGGUGGUGGUGGCACAACUACAUCUCAUGGAGGCAAUAUUAAUAGAAAUAUUGGACUGAAUACGUCGUCUCUACCCCCAGUUGCAGUGGGAGAUCAUCCAUAUUGGCCCAAGGUGAGUCCAGAUUCGGCGGCUAAUAUCUCAGAUGUAAUGCAUCACCAUCAGCAUCAGCAUCUUCAACAACAAACACAACAGGGCCAGCCCUCGCAUUUGGAUCAGUUUCCACCGCUAAACACACAUCAGCCGUCCCAGACAAAUGGUCAUUCGGAUCUUCAAUCCCAUCAUAGGAUGAACGAAAAUGGUAGAGAAGAUAUUGUAUCAACUCCAUCUACCGUUGGACCAUAUGAUAGCACCAGUAUAACCAAAACAACGAGCAAUUCAGCAUUUACACCAAUCAAUUCUAUGACACCACAUCUGAACACAUUAAGCCAUCAUCCAAUGGCACAGCGACCUUACCUGUAUGAUGCAAUAAGUUUUCAAAAUAAAAACGUCAAUCAGAACAACGCCAACAGUUUCCCCAAUCAACUGAUAUCGUUGCAUCAAAUUCGUAACUAUGCACAUCAACCAGCUGGACUUAUGGCUGGCGAACAUUUAAUCGGAGUUAGUGUUGGAUCUGGCAAGGACAAAGGAUAGCUAUACUUCUAGGAGGAGGAGAACAAUGUGCAUGGGGAGUUUAUAGCAAAAUAGAUUUAUUUAAUUUUUGUUUCUUUUAAUUUUUUUUUUUUAAAUUAAUAAUUAUUUUGUUUUUCUUCUAUCUUUUACUACAAUUCAAUAGUGUUAAUAUUAUCAGCCAUAUAUUCUGCAAUCCGAUUCACAUGAAAGUCUAAAUUUAGAACCGUUUAAAUGGAUGGAGGUCAAAAAUAUAUAGAAAAUAGUUUAUAAAUUUCAAAAACACACAGAAAUAACUUUUUACCAUUGCCAGUUUAAUGUAAUUAACCAAGUUAAUCGGAAGAUUUACUUGAAUCGGUUAACGGAAUAAGGCUGUAGUAUCUUUUUGGUCACAGUUGUAAUGAGUCAAUUAUACAAAAAGGGAGAAUGAAUAUUAUACUUCUAAAAUUUUUGUAAAUUGAUCAUUGAUUUAUUAAAUUUUAAUAUUGUGUAUGUAUCUAUGUACUCAGAAACACCGUCCAUUAUUUCUUUUGCUAUAAUCCUAACCUUUAAAUGUAAAUACUUGAUUAUGCAUUUCGUUUAUUUGUUUUAAAUUUGUUUAAAUUUUUUGUUGAGAUAAUUUCUUUUAAAUGCCAGCUUUUUUAAGCUCAAAUCCCAAACAAUUUUUUUUUUUAACGCUGAUCAUUUUGGUUUUCUUAAAGCAAAAUUAUCUUUUGAGAAUAGGUUUCUGAAAACUAUUCACUUCUAAACUGAUAAACGCGAUUUGAAUUUGAUGAAACAUUCCCUCUUUAAUGAAUUGUAGGAUGGCCUUGUUUUGAACUUAUACAAUUAUUUCAAAGAACAUAGUGGAAUUGUAUCUUUUCAAAAGAAAAUUUUCCAAAAGUGGAGAUAAUCUAAUUAUCAAUUAUCAUAAAUUACAAAUGUUUAAUGGCUUACCU